AUCUGUUUAAAAACUGGACGCAAGCUGGCUCGGUUACCUCUACUUCUCAGUCUGCUACUGGCUUCCUGUGCCAGUUCAGCCUGUUCUGGUAGAGCUAUAGAUGAACCUAUAGAAUACCUAGAUGGAGACUAUAUAGUGGCAGCGAUAUUUACGGUAGGCAGCUUCAUACAAACGAGCCCGGACAACCAAACACAUCCUGACGGAUACUGUCUUAACUAUACAUCUAAAAAGUCUUUCUGGGGCAUUCAGCGAGCCUUAACUUUCCGGAGAACAAUGUUGGCAGAGAGGACUAAACUAAGAUUAAAGGGGAUCUCUCUGGGGUACGAGAUUUACAUCAACUGUGACAGUGGUAUUGUCACAAACAGAAUUUCUAUCAAGCUCGCAACAAAUGAAAAAGUUGUCGGCGUUAUAGGGAUCGACCACGGACUUUACUCCGAAAUAUUUGCACGGCAGACCACCUCGUUUUACAUCCCAACGGUUACCUACAUUUACAACGACAAAACUCUGAUGGAUCAGAAACAGUUUCCAACAUUGAUUUCACUCAUCUCCACAAAGGAAGAGGAGGGAGAACUGAUAGUCAAGUUCUUGGAAGAGAUGGAUUACGGAUACAUGGACAUUUGGUAUCAUGAACUGUCAAAAGAAAUUGCGGAUCACAUAUCCAAAGGAUAUUUAAGUGAAAAUGGUCGUUGUGGCAGGAUUCAAGGAAUGUUCAAUACGCUUGAAGAGAACAAUCACUUAUUAAAGGAUUAUUAUGAUCCUACAAAAAGUUCGGCAACUGUACAACUCCUUCUUCAAAACAUUAAAUCUGCAUCAACAAAAUGGCUUCAAUAUGUAACCGAAAAUUUAGGAUUUAGGAACAAGAUUUAUGUUACGGGCACCUCAAAUGGCAGGGCUGUAUACCACAAGGAAUACAGCGACAUUUUAAGACGCCUCAACGGUAGCGACGACACUGUCAUCUAUCCUCUUUCAGCUCUAAUUAACACUCAGCUAUCUCAUCUUAACAACGAUUUAGCUUACCCAUGGGAAGAGCAGGGUCAUGAGCUGGACGAACUAUAUCGAAAAAGCCAACUUUUACGAGAUGAGGAUGGUUGUGCCGAUGGCUGCCAAACAUCCAGCUGGACACCCCAUGUGGUUGCAGGAACUAAAAUCAUAGUCAGAGCGUUACAAGACAACUUGGAGAACAACCCUGAGUCUUCAAACUGCUCAUCGGUGACAGAAUUUCGUAGGCAGAUCUUCGAAACGAUCGUCAACGAAACCAGAGAGAUUGAAGUGGAACUGGAUGCAAAUGUCACUCUGAAAGUUAGCUUUAAAGGAAGGACAAUAUCGUCGCCCACUAAACUAGGAAUCUACAGGAGCAAGACAGACGAUCACCAUAUUCUUGGGGAGGUAUCUCCAGAGUUGUUAAAGGUAACCAAUUAUCCUCUUUUCCAAAAUAUCUCGCAUUAUGAGAAGAGAUGUUCGGUGGACUGUCUUCCGGGAACUUACAGCUUCUACAAGACCGUGGCCGAUCUUACCAUUCUCCCUUGCUGCUGGGAAUGUAAAAGAUGUUCACCCAAUCAAUUUUCCAACCAAACUAAUCAACACAGAUGCCACAAAUGUCGAAGCAACGAAACAACAAAUGAAGAUAGAACUGGGUGCCGAAAUGUGGAAAUAAUCUACAUAAAAACAAGCUCUAAUGUUUUUAUCGGUGGAAUCACGCUUGUAAUAAUUGGGAUAGUGUUGGUAGCCUUAACAGUUGUUCUGGUCUGGAAAAAUGAAGAAAGGCCAGUCAUCAAGGCCUCGGAGCCGGGUUACAUGUACACUAUUCUAGCUUCGAUAGCUGUCGGCUUUUUGGGAAGCAUCAUGCCAUUACUCGAGCCAAAUCAGUUGGUAUGCAGCAUGGAAUAUGUGGUUAUAAUUAUCUCUUCGACAUUGAUCACGACAAAUCUUCUGUGGAAGUGUAUUAAGAUCCAUGGCAUAUUCGCAGCAGCAAACUCCUUCCAGAGACCUAAGUUUGAGAUGGCUCUGAAGCAAGCUGGACAUGUCUUUUUAAACAGUGUUUCGCUGGCCUUUGUCACUGUUUUCCUGUUCAUUGAUGGAUUUGGAACUGGGCCUGGCUGGAAGUUCCAUAUUCAUCAAAAAGUUCACCAUGCGCCCAGAUACCCCAAGUGUUAUCUGAGAAAUGAUUACCAAGGAGCUAUCAGCGUCCUCCCCUUGUCUCUCCCACUCGUCUACUUUCUCGCCACCCUCAUUUUUGUCUUCAAGAUGAGAAAGUUUCCCCAUAAUUUUCGGGAAACUUUGAGCAUUUUAGGGGCCACCCUGAUAGUCACCUUCUGCUGUGUGAUGUUUCUCAGUGGCUACAGUGUCUCUCCUCCCGAAACACGGGCUCUGCUUCGAUCUAUUGUCAUGUAUGUAACUUACCUUGCAUUUCUUCUGUGCCUGUUCCUGCCUAAAGUGAUCAUUCUGGUAAAAAAAGAUGUCGAUACAGAAGAGGAGAAGCGAAUUAUCCAAGAGUCACUUCGAGUUUUUUCAAGCAGGCCUACAAGAGCCAGUAGAACGGCGGGACAAAGAUUGUCAGCAAUAAGUGUUGCUACGCCCACCAAUUCGCCCAAGAAAUCGCCCAAGAAUUCACCAUCAAAUUCGCUGAAGCCCUCACCAGCACUUGGUGUUAAAAGAUCUCAAGUAUCGGUAUCUCCAACUGCAAGUCCUAGUAGUAUACAAAAAGGCAAGGCUUCCCAGGCUAUGGCCCAGGCAGGAGGUCGCACUCGUCCACGACAAGUUGGUACUCCCAAAAAUACGAUAAACCCUCCUCCAAACAAAGCAACUUCGGUGCCAAAAUUAGCUGUGACAGAAUGGAGGAAGCGAACGACUAACGCGAACGUAAAGAUACAAAUUACUGUGGAUAAAGAUGAAGAAAACACGAAUUAAUUUGUAUUGAAUAAGGAACUUCUUUCUUAUGUGAAACGGUUUGACCAUAAAACCAAAGUUAAAAAUGAAAUAGCUUAAAACCUUGUUCCCGGGAAUUUUUUUUCUUAUCUUGUUUCAUGUGUGAAUCAUCUUAGAUCUCUUAAAUUUUAAGAUAAACUUUUUCCGUUGUUUUACUUUAA